AUCCCAUCCCAUCCCAUCCCAUCCCAUCCCAUCCCAUUCGGUUCGGUUGCUGUGUGGUUAGAGGAAGCUGCCUGCCGGGCCAGAAAAUUAAAUGUCGUCAGAAGACCGAGAAGCCCAGGAGGAUGAAUUGCUGGCCUUGGCAAGUAUUUAUGAUGAAGAUGAAUUUAAAAAAGCAGAGUCUGUUCAAGGUGGAGAAACCAGAAUAUGUUUGGAUUUGCCUCAAAAUUUCAAAAUAUUUGUGAGCGGCAAUCCAACGGAGUGUCUCCAGAAUGGUGGCUUUGAAUAUACAAUUUGCUUUCUGCCUCCACUUGUGCUGAAUUUUGAACUUCCACCAGAUUAUCCAUCAACCUCCCCUCCAGCAUUCACCCUCAGUGGCAAAUGGCUUUCACCAACUCAGCUAACUGCUCUGUGCAAGCACUUAGACAACCUGUGGGAAGAACAUCGUGGCUGUGUGGUCCUGUUUGCCUGGAUGCAGUUUCUCAAAGAAGAAACCCUAGCAUACCUGAACAUUGCUUCUCCCUAUGAGCUCAAAAUGGGCCCCCAGGGGAAUGUGCAGAGCAGGACAUCUCUGGCACCUCCUAACACAGAACUAGAUUUUGGGGGGGCAACUGGCACUACCGUAGACCAGGAAGAAUUUGUGGAUGAGAGAGCUGUGCAGGAUGUGGAGUCUUUGUCCAGCCUGAUACGGGAAAUCUUAGACUUUGAUCAAGCUCAGCAGAAAAAGUGCUUUAACAGUAAGAUGUACCUGUGCAAUAUCUGCUUUUGUGAGAAGUUGGGGAGUGAGUGUAUGUACUUCCUGGAGUGCAGGCAUGUCUACUGCAAAGCCUGUUUGAAGGACUACUUUGAAAUCCAGAUCAGGGAUGGCCAGGUGCACUGUCUCAACUGUCCAGAACCAAAGUGCUCCUCUGUUGCUACUCCUGGCCAGGUCAAAGAACUGGUGGAAGAAGAGUUGUUUGCACGUUAUGACCGCCUUCUUCUACAAUCUACUUUGGACUUGAUGGCGGAUGUAGUGUAUUGUCCCAGGCCAUGCUGUCAGACUCCUGUAAUGCAAGAACCAGGAUGUACCAUGGGCAUUUGUUCCAGUUGCAAUUAUGCCUUCUGUACACUUUGUAAAAUGACUUAUCAUGGAGUUUCUCCAUGUAAAGUAACUGCAGAAAAGCUAAUUGACUUGAGAAAUGAGUAUCUUGAAGCAGAUGAGACCAAUAAACGGUUUUUGGAACAGAGGUAUGGCAAAAGAGUGAUUCAGAAAGCACUAGAAGAAAUGGAAAGUAAAGAGUGGCUAGAAAAGAACUCAAAGAGCUGUCCUAGCUGUGGCACCCAUAUAGAGAAAUUAGAUGGGUGUAACAAGAUGACAUGUACUGGCUGUAUGCAGUAUUUCUGCUGGAUUUGCAUGGGUUGUCUGUCUAGAGCAAACCCUUAUAGACAUUUCAAUGAUCCAUCUUCCCCGUGCUUUAACCGGUUAUUUCAAGCUGUGGAUAUUGAUGGUGACAUUUGGGAAGAUGAGAUUGAAGAUUAGUUAAACUACUUUAUUGCUCAAAGCUAUAGAAGUGGAAUGGUUUGCCCUAUUCUUUUGUUGAGUACAGUGUGUAACCCUGCAGGAAGUUUAGAGAACCAUUCAUUCUUCCCAUGUAGGAAGUGUGGAAGAACAUGUUUUUAUUUUCGUUUUCUGCUGAUUAAGGCACGUGUAUAAUUUUCCAGUGUUGUGUAAUGUGAACAAUUAUAAGCCAAAGGUUUUAGAAAACAUUAGCGAAAACUAGAUGAAGUAUUCAAUAUCACAAUGUGCCCCAGAUUCUGAACUAUAAAUGUUUUCUUUGUUACCCAGGCUCAGAGGGAGAGGGGUCAAAAUGAUAAUCUUUUAAAGACCUUUUUCAUAUCUCUCAGGCAUCUUGCUCUUCAGGGCAUCAAAUCAAAAGCACAUUCCUUGGGGUCAUUUCCUACUGGAGCCAUUCAGUACUGCUCUUUACACUCUAGGGGAAACUGCUAAAUCAUAGCCUAAAAUGUGCCCUUCUCAUCAGUGUCAGGUCACGUACCUGCCAUAUCAGUCCCAGACGUAGGAAUCUUAUUUCCUGCUAAGUUGAGUAUAGCUGAAUAGUGAUAAAGUUGUAAAUUUUCAGUUGAUCAGAUCUUCCAAUGGCCUCUUGCACUUCUGGCUUUUAGAAUCAAAAGAGCAUAUGGACAUUUUUCCAGUUUAUCAGAAAUCACUUAUUUUUAUCUGGUAUCACAAAUAUUUGUGGAUCAUUUCAUACCUAUUUUCUUAUUUAUUUAACCAACAAAUUUGGGCCAAAUGUAGAGUUCAGUGAAUUGUUACGGAAUCAGAAGAACAUGAGUGAAUCCCUUCACUUUAAAAUUAUGAUGUAUAUUCAAUUCUAAUCCAUUUUUAUAUGAAGUAAAAUUCAACAGUGACUUUCCUCAGUCACCUACUAUUCUCCUACCCCAUCUCUGACACAUACCUUUUAAGUUGGGUUGGUGAUUAAUGCAAACUGAUUUUAAUAUUAUCCUGAGUAAAACAUAUUAUGAAUGAAAUCAGUUAGGCAGAGGGUAAGGUUUCUUUUAGUUAAACCUAAGGGGAGGGGGAAAAACAGGUGUGGGGAAAACUGAUAUAUUUCCAAGGUGAAUAAAAAUUAUAUUUGAGUUAUCUUCUGCUUGUGACUAUUUAGAAUGCUACUCCCCUGGUAGCAAGUAAUCAAGGUGAUAACAACCCUGACUUUGAAUUCUGCUUUUGAAAACCAUACUUUCCAACAGUGAUUUAGAGUUUUUGGUUGGAAAUACAGAGCCUUGCUGUUCAGUUUUUGCAAGCUUUUAGAAAGCGACUAUUUUUGGUAGGAGUGACUUGAUAGCAUAGUUAAUAUAAAGCUUCAAGUAAAUUUUUCUGGCUGAAGAAGGCCUAUAGAUAGUAUCUUCAUUUGCUGUUUGUAAAGCCAGUCCUUUUCCAUGCAUCUGCAUGCAAGUUAUUGAAAAUAAAAUUAGUAUUUUUUUGUUUUACUGUGAUUAUUGGGUUACAUUUUGGACCACAUAGCUUUUGAUUGGCAAUGGAAUUGUUAGCUCAAGUUAUUAAAAGUAAAAUUAGUAUUUUUUUGUUUUACUGUGAUUCUAAGGUUACAUUUUGGACCACAUAGCUUUUGAUUGGCAACAGAAUUAUUAGCUUUUCUUUCUUUAUGUGAUUUGUUUGUGCACCCCAUGUUGAGAGGGUAAUUUGGUCAUCUUACUAGCUGUCGUGAGCUAACUUGUUACCAAUUCAGUUCUAAAGCAAUUGUCCAUUCAAGAUAAAUGGGUAUAAUAAUUGGAUACUUAAGAAGACGGCAAAAUAAAAUCAUAGAAUGAACUUUUUUUUUCCUGAACCUCUAAUUGGAGUUAGAAUUCUAGGACCUGUGUUUUGACAAAACUGAUUGUUUUCAAGGACAGUACCUUUUACGAACACUUUUUUUUACUUCAUUUUUUAAAAUAAAUUGAACACAAUAAAUGUGAAUUCAGAAAACUAAUUAUCCAGUAUAUAUCAGUGUAAAUGGCUGCUGAGUGAAAAGAGAAUUAAGUUCUGGUUUUUAAGCAACAAUUACUCUCAUCAAAUUGGGUGCUUAAAUCUGUUAAAUUGUCUGCUUUAUGCAAAUUAUUGUAUUAGUUGAGACCACUGCAUAAAAUAUACCGUUAACUGUUAGUGAGUAGAAGCAGGGAAGCCAUCUUUACAUGGGAAGAAUAAGAGUACUUCGAAAUGUAGAAAAAUGUUUUUAGAUUUAAAGCCUUUACCUUUAACCAUAGACAUUAGAAGGGGAGGAUCCUUAUUUUUUGGCAUGAUUUAUAAACUUAAUUUUAAUAUGGCUUCAAGUUUUAGCUUCUAAUUAUUUUAUUUCUGAGUGACUGGAAAAAAUAAGAGACUGAUAUUUAUGUGUGAGAAAUACUUUGGAAAGGGAUUCUUCAUCUAGAAAGUACACAAUAGAGAAAAGAGAUUUCAUUUAUGUUUAUAGUUUGGUUUCAUGAAGGCCUUGGUUACUGAGCAGGAUGCUUUACCAUAGCUUAACUGAAUCCCAAUGAAAACUUCUGAAUAUUUGUGACAGAAUGAUAUCCUCUUCAGAUUUACUGCUGUUUAUUAGGCCUAACACAGUGGUUAGAAGAAACCACAUCCCUCUUAAUUUUGUAAAGUAGGGUUUGAGUCUAGUUCUGUUAAAAAUGAGAAUGUAAUCUACAAAUGAAUAAAUCCUUUAUUUUAAAAAAGCAAA